AUGUGCACAAUUUUUCCAUUAGCGAGUAGCGUUUCUGCUAGUCACCAGCAUCGCGAUGAAACCGUGCUGGCUGUUUCGCGAACUCAUCCACCCGGGAACCGGGAGGAGGUGGUGGGCUAUGUGGGUCGAAUCGAAAGCCACCGGCCGCCGGCCGCUCAAACUCCACGGCUCGCAUUCUUGAUGAUCUUCAUUGUUGACCUGAUUCCGGCGGCACAUUGCACUUCGAAAAGUGUGGCUGACUGCGACACGGUGACAAUCGUUAGCGACGUUGGAGAUUUUGGCGGGCCGACUGAUGUUCCGGAUUCUGCCAACCCCAAUACGGUGAAAGUGAAGCUUCCCCCGCUGGUAGUGAAAAACGUCCCACUCAACAAGCUCAUUAGCGACUUUGCAUCGCCGGGCGUAGCAGCUGAAUAUAAGUUAUGCGGCAUCGGUAUGAUGGUUAUGCUCCACACGAAGGUGGAUUUUGAGAAGGACACGCAGUUUUUGAAAAAUUCUAAAACUGAGUUCUUCAUCCACGACAUUCCUGGGGAAAAGCCAUUCAAGGUGGUCAUCAGAGGCUUGCCAGGUUUCGACCCCAAGCUGAUCGGUGCCGAAAUCAAGGAUCGGUACAAAUUGGCCCCAAUUGCUGUCUAUCCGAUCAAACGGACAGUUACACUGAGCGCUUUGCGAGCCAUCCGCUCUUUGUUCUCCAUUAUCAUCUGUUGGGAGCCCUAUCGUGGAGGCCGUCGAGACGUUACGCAGUGUCAGAGGUGCCUCAACUUCGGUCACGGUACCCGGAACUGCAACAUCAAACUGCGUUGCAACAUCUGCGCCAAGGACCACUCUACGUCGGAUUGCCCUGUGGUCGAUGCUGGUGCGGUUCAGUUUAAGUGUGCUAACUGUGGCGGUGAUCACUAG